AUGAGUGACAGUCUGCCGCAGAAUGAACGACCUUUCAGUGCUGAACCCAGAUACUCCAGAGCAACCCUCCAACAGCAGUUCGUGGAGAUCACAAACACAAAUGUGCCCACGGCUACCAAGUACUUGGAGCUCCACGAGUAUAACCUCAACAAGGCUAUCGACGGAUACCUCAGCGCAGCCACCAGCACGUCUAAGAAACUGUCCAGAGCCAAGCCAGACCCCAAAAUCGCCGCAAUUUUUGAUAAGUACAAGGACGCCAGCGACCCAGACAAGAUCGACAUCAACGGCACGUUGCAGUACCUCGAGGACUUGGGCAUCGAACCAGAAGAUCCGUUGAGCUUGACACUAGCAUACUUUCUCCACAGCCCCAGCGUGGGAGUAUUCUUGAAGAGCGAAUUCCUCGCCAGAUGGAACGGAAAGGCCUCCGACUUGCCUGGCAUGAGCAAGUACAUCAAGACGUUCCACGAGAACACCAUCCACAGCACCAAGGACCAGGACGGGGACGAGGAUUUCCACAAGUUGUACGACUUCACUUUUGGCUUCUUGAUGGAGUUGGAAAACCAGAAGUUGUUGGACUACGAAUUGGCCAUAGAAUACUGGAAGCUCUUGUUGCCCAUAGUGAUAUCCGUGAGUGGAGCUGACACAGAUACAGUGGAGCACAUCAACAAGCGAACCCAGCAGUGGUACGACUUCGUCUCCAACGAGUAUACCAGGGCCUUUUCUAAAGAUAGCUGGUCCAUGUUUUAUUUGUUCUUCAAGGAAAUCGUGGUGUCUGAUCCCGUUGGAUUCAAGGACUAUGACGAGAUGGCAGCGUGGCCCAGCGUGAUGGACGAAUACAUCGAGUACUUGAAGGAAAAUGAAUUGUUGAAUGAACCGCAAUAA